CUGACUUCCAAUAUAACAUUUUAAAUAACUGCAUCGUAUUGUCUGGUGCUGUAAACUAUACAGUAAGUUGCUCUUAUUUUUUUGUAAAUGUGCAUGUUUUAACUUUGUUGCUUUUUCACCUUAACUUCCCCACUGAGGGACAAUAAAGGUCGUUUACAGUGCACUCCAACCUUAAGUGGAGGUAAAUCACCUUAAAGUUGUUUGGCAGCUGCCAUAAAAGUAAAAGAGAAACUCAGGAUGUAAACUCUGAAAUGAAACCACAAUAAACUGGGAGCAAAGACAACGCUGGUAGAAAAUAACAAGGAACCAGUCAGAGGAGGAAAGGCCAACAGUCAGGAUAUCGAAUGAGAAACAGCCAGCUCCUCCUCCGCUGCUGCUGAUUGGCUGACAGAGAGCAGGUGAACUGCUAAGCCCCGCCCACCGAUGGAAACCUCCAGCUCCAUGAGAGAGAAACACAACAGAUCCAGAUCACUGACAGAAACUCUCUCAUACUGAUGCUGGUUUUCAUUUUCUGACAGAAUAACCUUUUUUUAACACCAUUUGUUUUUUCAUGUUGUCCAUCAGUUUUAGAGAUAAACAAAUGUUUCAGCUGAUUUUGAAGCAGGAAGUUAUGAAAGAGGCGGAGUUUAUUUGUUAUGACAUUUCUUCUCUUUGCCCUUUUUGAACCUGUGGCUCUAGUUGGCUUUCGACCAAACAAACAGCCGGUUUUCACACUCUGAACAUCGUUUUGGUUACAUCUCAUAACUCCUACAGACAGAAGCAGCAGCAGAUUCUCUUGCAGCCAACAUGAAAAUCGCAGCGUUUAAUAUUCAGAAGUUUGGACGGAGCAAAGUGUCGGACCCAGAUGUUCUGAAGAUCCUCGUUAAGAUUAUUUCCCGUUAUGACAUCAUUGUGAUCCUGGAAGUCGUGGACGGCACCAAGGAAUCAGUGGCCGCUCUGAUGCAAGCGCUCAACAAACCCAAACGGAAACAUCACUACACUCUGAGAAUCAGCACUCGCCUGGGCCGAACGCGCUACAAGGAGCAGUUCAUGUUCCUGUACAGGGAUGACAUGGUUAAACUGGUGGGAACGUACCAGUCUGAUGAUGAGAAGACUAAAGGACAGGACAACAUUGACAGAGAUCCGUAUAUCCUUCGAUUCAGUUGCCCAAAUACAGUUCUGGAAGAUCUGGUGAUGAUCCCAGUUCACACCAAACCAGAAGACGCGGUGAAGGAACUGGACGAACUCUACGACCUCUUCAUUCACGUCAAGAAAAAGUGGAGGACUAAUAACGUGAUGAUCCUGGGCGACUUUAACGCUGACAGCCCGUAUGUUUCAAAGACGAAGAUGAAGAACAUCCGAAUCCGCAGCGACAAAAACUUCCACUGGCUGAUCAGAGACGAUGUGGACACAACAGUGAGCCCCAAAAACACCAACACAUACGACAGGAUUGUCGUUUAUGGAGACAAAAUGCUUCAGGCUGUUGUUCCAAAAUCUGCUAAAACCUUCAACUUCCAGAAAGCUUAUAAGCUCUCCGAUGAGCAGGCUCUGAAAGUGAGCGACCAUUAUCCAGUGGAGGUGAAGCUGAAGACUUUGGUGGAAAGAGAAGAUGAUGGUGAUGGUCUGACAGACAAGAUAGGAGGGCUCAAGCUUAACGAUGAAAACAGAAAGGAAGAAAGUGAGCCUGGCUCAUGGUUUUGCACUUUGUUCUAAAAAGGCCAGAUCUGAAAACAGUCAACCAUAAACUGUUUUGGUUACUUCCAGUAAUAAAAAAAGGGGGAAAGUGAGAACUUUAACACACCUGUUUUCCAUUGUUUCUCCUGAAUUUCUCCAUAACAAAUCAAGCCAAAACUAAAUAUUUGGUUCAAUACAAAUUCAAGAUAUUGAGUGUAUAUGAAGCCCUGUGGUGGUGGGGAAAUGGCUAAGUUCACACAAAAGGUUUUUAUACUCAAUUCCAAUUUUUGCUGAUAUCCAACUAUCUUGUUUUUUGUUUGUUUGUUUUCCAUUGUCAUUGAUACUACUAAUUAAAUCCAACCGCAGUCAUUGUUCUGUGAGAAUGAUUUGUGACACGCAUGCGCAGAAGGAAAACGUCGCACAAAAGCUAUGUUUACGGAAGUAAUAAUAGACGGCGCCGCCAAAUCGAAGAUAAUUCAGCGAUGGAAGGAGACAGUAUCGUCACAAGAUCACAACAAGACGAAGCUGAUAAAAAAAAUAAUACACAACUAACAGCGUCUGGCUUCUUCUGGUGUAGAAUUAUGAGCACGUCUUAAAAAAGUUAAAUUAAAUGCGCCGUGUACAUGAUUGUCCAGACCGCAGACGGUUUGGAAACUUUCGGAUACGUAUCGGAUUAAACUCCACAUAUGCAAGUGACAAAAUUGGAUUUUGUUUGGAGGUUGAUUAGAUCGGGUCGCAUUCACCUGCUGUGUCGACAUAAUCCUCUGCUAAGUUGUAAAUUUACACUACUGUACAAGCUGUACACUGACUACUUUACAUUGUAUCAAAGUAAUAUAUCUUCAGCGCUGUCUAAUUAAAAAUUAUAAUAAAUAAUUUUUUUUCAUAAA